AUGACUUUCCGUCAGCUGGAGGAAACCAUCAACAAGUGGACAACAGAAUUGGAAGAACAAGAAAAAUGUUUUUUGGAACAGGCAACACAAGUCAAUGGUUGGGAUAGAAUUGUUAUGGAAAAUGGAGAAAAGGUAACAUAUGUUGAAGGUUGGGAUAGAAUUGUUUUGAAAAAUAGAAAAUCUAUUUAACACAUGUCAACGAGGCUCCAUGUGAUGCUGAGUUUCCUGUUUGGUUUAUGGUAAAUCAAACAUAUUAUCAUGUAUCAUAAGUUGGCAUGUAUCACAUAUGUUGACACACUCUUGGCAUGUAUCACAUAUGUUGAGACACUCUUGACAUGUCUCAUGUUGACAUGUAUCACAUGUAUUGACACAUCACAUAUGUUGACACAUCACAUCUGUUGACACAUCACAUCUGUUGACACAUCACAUCUGUUGACACACUGUUGACAUGUAUCGUAUAUGUUGACAUGUAUCACAUGUAUUGACACAUCACAUAUGUUGACACACUAUUGACAUGUAUCACAUGUUGACACACUCUUGACAUGUAUGACAUAUGUUGACACAAAGAAAGAUAGUGCAACUUAUUUCAAUGAAAUGUCAACAAUGAAGAUGAGGGAAACAUUUUUCAUUUGUCCUGUUGUUAAUUAUAGUUUGAACUUGAAUUUGUUAAGAAACAGGGUUGAAAAUAUAUACACAUUCAGAUAUUUUUUCAGAUUAAAAAAUAAUAACUUUAAGGUACCAGCAGUUAAUGGAUGGAGACAUUUGAUUGGUUGGGGAACAAAUGUUACACUUGCCCUGAGAGGGGAAGGCGGUGGUGUUGCAUAAGAGAUUUUGAGGAGGGGGAGGGUUGUCUAAAUAUUUAAGUCUAUAAAAUUGACACGGCCACAUUUUCAUAAUAAUAGUGUUGAUGGUAAUAUUGUUGCUUUGCCAGACACGGCAACAGUAAACGUAGCUGCCUUAGUGACAAUUUAAGUCAAUCCUGGCUUUUCUUCUGUGCUGUAUGAUAGAAUUUUGUGACAUACAGAAAUGGAGAAAACCAGAGAAUGCAUUCAUAACUGUCCCAUGCAGCAACAUUAGAUUUUGACAUAUUUUAUUAGGAUCUGAGGGGGGGGGGGCAUUGAAAUCUAUUUUUAGAACCCUCAAAACAGCUGUACAAUUUUUAAUCCCGCCCCCCCCCCCCCCCCCCCCCCCUCCCCCUCCCCCACAUAAAAAUUUUAAGGAUGAAAAUAAAGGAAAAAAAAUGUUUUAUCAAUUUCAAAAACUAGUGAAUAAAAUUGGGAAAUAAUCUGAUUUUAGUUCCAACAUUCCUCUUCCUUUCACCCAUUUACAACUAUUGAUAUUGAUCAGACUAUAAUAAAUUAGCAGGAUAUAGGUUAAAUGGAUAUUGAUUCUUUUUUUUUUAAACCAGUUUCCUUAAUUAUAAAUGUCAAGUGACUUAGUAGUUUUUUUAACCCAUGAUCGGUGUAUGUUAUGUUUCUGUACUGUGCGGGCAAUUUAUAGCUUUUUGGAUGCCUUUGGAAAAUGUGAUUUUUUUAAAAUGCAAAUACUUUAGCUAGACCCCCAUAAAGUAUUUAUUUAUUGAAAGUAGAAUGGGUGGGGAAUCAUACUGGCUAUUUUGCUAAUGCUAUUUUAUACUCGGUGACCUUGACCUUGGAGUGGCCAAGAAUGAAGAAAAUAAUUAAAAGUUUUCUUUUCAAGUACCUCAAACUACAAUUUCUAAAAGGCAUAUUACUAUAAUGUUUAUUUAAUAUGAUAGCAUUUGUAUUUAUCUUUCAGCAAAUGUAAUAUUUGUAUAUGUUUUAGUUAUUAAUAGAUUUUUAAAAAAAAAUCUUCUGAUACCUAUAAUUGCGUUCAAGUAACAAAGCAGGACAUAAACAAUAUAAACAUUACUAAAUAGCAAGAAACAUAUAAAAUUUAAAAAGCUGCUAUAUAAAUAUUUAAUCCAUCAAAUGACAUAAAAGAAAACAUAUACAAAACAAAUCCAAUUAUUUUUUAUUGGUACAAAAUCAUCUGCAACAUAGUUUUGAACAAAUCCUGUCAUUGGGGCAUCGCCUACUCGUUCUAGGCCUAGGUCUAAAUUGUCUGAGCUUUCGCUUUCUGACCCAUUAUAAAAAUUUUCGGAAUGAUCAUUGUCUUUGUGUGUGAUUGGAAAAUCAUCUUCCGAAUCACUUAAGUCAUUAACUAAGAAGAAUUAUCAAAAAGAUUCCUAACUGAUUUAUUUUGUAAGCCAGAUGGUCCAGCUAUGCCCUCAUCCAUUUCCCAUAAAUCUUCUUUCACAAAAUUGCUUGAUAAAGAUUGUUGUAAAAAUAACUCCAAAGUUUACAAAAAGGACACAGAAGAGCGAAAAACAGAAGUUUAUUUAUUAUUAAAAGGAAGUAGUUUUAUUUAGUGUAAAAUAUUGAACUGGAAGUUGUUCUUUAAACACAAUUUUUAUCGGCCGAUAAAACCGGCUGACACAGUACAGGAAGAGGAAAUCGGCCGAUUUAAUCAGGCGACCACAGUUCGUGGGUUAAAGGAUUUCAUCUGUUGUUAAUUUAUUCUUAUUUCAAUAAAUUUUUAUUUUAUGCUGAUCUGGCUUUGAGUUUGAACCAUGUUAAAUUUCACCAGUAAUUUAUUUUUACCAGUGAUAGACCGUGAUAAUGAGAUCUGUAUUUUCAUUCAAUAUAAAUUAAUAUCUAUAGCAAAUACACGUCUGCAAAGUGACAGCAGAUUGCAAUAUAAAUAUCUGCCAUCUACUUUUAGAAGUUAACUUUUUUGAUGCCAGCUUAACUCAAUCCCACUAGACACAUGAUUGGAGCAGUGAUUGUAUUCACUGUAUGUUUAUUGACUAUUAAUUUGCUGCAUUGUAAGGACUUGAGACGAUGUCCAAUUUUAGGAGUUUGAGGGUCAACAGGUCUGGAUGACCACUACAUUUGUUGUGUUCAUGUGUUGAGAUGACCACUGCACCUGUUUGACUUGCUUUCAUUUCAGAUCAUUCAGUUAAACAAAGAUGUGGAGAGAGUCAAGUUGGACCAGCAGAAACUUGACCAUGAACUUGAUUUCAUACAGUCCCAGCAGAAUGAACUUGAAGAUCUCUUAACUCCCUUGGAGAAAAACUUGGACAAUAUGCCACCAAUAAGUUACCAGCAGCACGCAGAUGUGGAGAGGGAACACACGUAAGAUUUUUCAACAAUAUUGAUUGCUGUUUUAAAAUGUAAAAUUCUAGCGGAGACUGGCUGAAAUACUAGUUAUUACAUACAGGGUUCCCGCGGCCUCCUGAAAUUCCAGGAGCUCCUGGAAAUCUCCUGGAAUUUGAAAAAAAAUGAUAAAAUCCUGGAAAACUCCUUAAAUUUUAAAAUUUCUCCUAAAAUGUCCUGAAAUUUUUGUUUCCACAGAGGGAGGGGUAAAAAAAAUCUUGUUCGCGAUAGUUAUUUUAUAAAUUAAUAUUACCUCUAUAUUCAAUUCGUAGUCUAUUUUUAGCCAUUCAUUUAUCAAAACGAGUUUGCCAUAAUAAUUGUGGUUUCCCCUUAACUGCGCAUGCGCUUUACGAGUUUCGGAUAUGAAAUGUCGUACCGUAAUGCUUUGAUAGACAAGAAGUUUUUUCGUUCCGUUCAGUUCGCCGUUCAACUAAUUUAUUUUGCAAAGUAUAGUGUAAAAUACAGUAAAUAGAUAUUUAUCUGUAGUUAUUUAAAUUUUUGGUAACCAUUAUUAGUAUUAUGAAUAGAAAACUACGCGCCCGAUCGCUGUAUAAUUUGACUAAGCUUAGCCUAUUUUUUUUUUUAAAGUUGAAGUUUUGUUAGUUUUACCGUAGGUUGUCUAAACUGGAGAAAGCGUAGUUUUAGUUUUGGGGUCAUUUUCCGAAGUUUUCAAAAACAAAAAUUAACCUACUUAUAUAGUAGUUUUAAAGGAGUACAAUUGAUAUGAAUAUGUGAAUAAAGUUUAAGUCUUUAUCUGACGAAUUAUCUUACUUUUAUGUCUUUAACACGAGUUUGAAAAGUAUCAGUUUUGACCAUUAUAUUAUACGGCGUUUUCGCGAGUAUGGUGUUGCAAAGGCUCGCGGCUGUUACAGUUUGCAAAGAAGAUGAAUUUGAUUUUUAUUUAUAAAUAUUAACAAAAGGUAGUAAGUAGUAGGCCUUUUUUAUAAUAAUUAUAUUGACACAUAUUUUUUUAAACAUAGUUUAUAGUGAGUGCUAGGCCUUUUUGUAAGUUAAGUUUAGUUAGGCCUUCUAAAUAGGAGAAUACUCAAUAAAAAAAUUAAGUUAUGUUAUGUUAUUUUUGCAUGUUGUAGCAUAGUUUACGAUGACUUCAAAAAUGACUUCGGAACUUCAUUUUAAAGUUAUUAAAACUAGCUGAUGCAACCAUUGAACUUUACAUAGUUAGUCCUUAUUUAUACACGUAGUUAAAAAUUAAAAAUUAAGUGAUGCACCCCUGUGCUCUAGGUAUAGGCCUACUUUGCGGUAUUAUAAGCAUAGUUGGAAAAGGGGGGGGGGGGGUAUUCCCAAAAUAAAAAAAAAAAGUGGUUUCUUGGUCGCUGACCCAUUCCCUUGUUUAAAAUCCGGACUAAGCCGUUACAUAGGCAUAUGCCUAUAUUAGUUUCUCUUCUGACUCUGUAUUAUUAUUAAUUUAGUACCAGUAUAGCUUAUAAUAUAGUCAAUAUUAUAGACCUAAUAUGAUAAUAAAUUAAUUCUAUUUUAUCUCACUAUUCAAGGUCUAGGGUAAAUAAAUGCCCAACGGUUCCUUUGAGGACUGAUAAUUAAGAUAGCAAUACUGAUUGAACCAGCCAUCACUGCUACUCUAUACUAGAUAUUGACUUUGAACUGAGUCAAUCCCAAGCUAGUGGCUAGUGUACUGGAGUUCUAUCCCCAGAAAAUGCCUAGAAAAGCAAAAACAUCACCAGCAUGCCGGGUAGAUGGAAUUCGUUAACUUUGAAUGGCAACUCAACUUGGAAAAGGAAAACUAUGAAAUCAAACCCGGAGAUGGAGACCCGUAGAUGUUAUGACAUUGACUCAAUGAAAAUUCUGACAAAAUCCUAUGACGUAGAAAGCAUAAAGAGCAUAGUGAAACACACACACACUCAAUCUGGUAAUCUACUGCAUCCUGAUCUAUAUCCAGUCGUCUUGACUAAUCUUACCAUUGAAUCAAAUAGGCAACGACGAGAGAGUGGCUCUGGCGAAUUGAGCAACUCUCCCUAAAUUUCAACAAAAUACAGCUCACGUCACGUCUUAGGGAUCUUUAUGAGUACAGGAAAAAACAAAAAUACUGUAAAUAUAUGAAGUAUAUUUGCAGGACAGUUCUCGGAUGCCAUGAAAAUUAGGGGAAAAUGAUCAACAAUGAUAAACAACAAUCAUCUGAGUCUUCCUCUAGUUCAACUUCAGUUUUUUCACCUACCUCGGGUGUCCACUUUUGCAACUUCCUAGUCAAGCUCCUAGGUUAUGUGUAUCUUCGGAAAUAAAUAUGACUUACUUGUGAAUAAAAUGGAUUAUCUUAUAACUUUAUUAGUUGUUUGUUAUCCAACAUCAAGUACAUCUUAUUCUUAUAAAAAACCAAGUUACUCAAUUGUAUGUGAACUCGGGGCCAGAAUAUCUAUACCGGUACAUACCUAAAUCAAAUAAUUGCUAUAGCAUUGGCAAUCCUUAGAGUAAGUACCGGUACUAUAUAAGUGCAUUUAUGUCCUGUUACUACAAAAAAAUUGUAUAAGCGUACAGGGUCUCUCCGUUUUUUACUCUUUAAAAAAUGUCCAGGAAUUUUGUAUUUUCUCCUGGAGUUUGUUUUUAGAUUUGGUGCAGGAACCCUGUACAUAAAGCUUGAAUUCUGUCAACAUUUUAUGAAUGAUUUUAAAACUAAUCUUUGGUUAAAUUCAUCAAAAGCUGACAAAGAAAAGCAUAAAUUAUAAUCUGUCAUUAAUUUGUGGAUGUAAUUUAUUUGGUGUGUUAAUAACUUAGUAAUAAUUUUAAAUUUAAAAUGUCAUUUUCAGGUAUAUGUUGGCUGAAAGUUUAGAUGCACAGCUCAAACGUAUGGGCCAAGAUUUGAAGGAAAUCAUCGAACGUCUCAACUCCACCAAUUCUAAACCUGACACGAAUGAUCCUGUAAGCUACUUGAAUUUUAUUUUUUGGGUUCUUAAUCACAGUAACAUGACAUUGGAGGAAGGAAAACGGGCCUUUGUGUUGGCUAGGGAAACCAAUGGUUUGCAAAACCAGGCCUUUGUGUUGCCUAUGGAAACCAAUGGUUUGCAAAACCAGGCUAUUUUGUUAGCUAGGGAAACCAAUGGUUUGCAAUACUGUUACUCAAUUAACCUUGACUAAUACCAUUUUUUUGUCAUGUCUGACAGUUCUUAUUCGAUAGCACUAAGAUAAAUUAUUGUUUCAUAUCGUUACUAAGGUACAGCAGAUCACCAAAAUAUUGAAUGCUCAUGUUGUGUCUUUGAUGUGGAUUGACAGAAAUUCAGGUCAGUCUGUUCAAAUC